CGAAGAAAGUCCGGUUUGCCCGAUGGGUCUCUCGACCAAGCUUCUCCGCCGCCUCCACUCUCGUCCUCUCGCCUCCGUUCUUAGUAGCUCUUCUCGCAACUCUCCUCUGCUUUUCUCCAAUCGUAACUCCGCCCCUAUAUUCUCUACUCCUACACUGCUUAUCCCUUUCCGUUCCUUCUCCUGGUUCUCCUCGAAACCGCCAUCCGAUGAUGGCCACGUUGGCGGCGGAGGACCUGGAGAGAUGGACGGAGAGUUUCUGAUCCGGAAUUCAUCGUCUUUAUCCGACUUCAAACUCGCAUCCGGAGCCGGAGGGAUCGCGGCGGACGUCUCGGUCGCGAGCUCGGGGUCGGAGUUCAAUGUUGCGGGUAACUUUCAGUCUGGAGCGGAGCCAUCGAGUCUUGCACUUGAUGGAUCGGGGAUUCUGGAGGAGGUUUCUGGAAACGAGAGCGUUUGGUAUUAUCCGGUACUGGCGGUUAUCUCAGCGCUUGAUGGAUAUCAUGAAUUCAGUGGUCUGCCAUGGUGGGCGAUAAUCUCCACAUCCACAUUGGCUCUUCGGUUGUCUCUAUUUCCUGUGCUUAUUUGUCAGUUACGGAAAGCUGAAGUAAUUUCUUCAUUUAUGCCUAAAUUGCCUCCUCCAUUUCCACCACCUCUAUCAGGAAGGGGUUUUGGGGAGCAAUAUUUACUCUUUCAGAAGAAAAGAAAAGAACUUGGAUGCCCUUCAUACUUGUGGAACUUUUUAUUCUUGACGGUACAGGUUCCUUGCUUUUUAUUGUGGAUGACAAGUAUCCGGAGAAUGUGCCUUGAUGGUCACCCUGGGUUUGAUACAGGUGGAGCAUUGUGGUUCCUCAAUUUGACUGAUAUUCCAAGUGGAAUUUUAGGUUCUGUGUUUCCAAUCUUAAUUUCUGGACUGCAUUAUGUCAAUGUUCAGAUUUCUUUCCAGAAUAUCAAUGCUGCGAACUUAAAAGGCAUUUUAGGAUUUUUGACUAAAUACUACAAGUUGUAUCUCAAUAUCUUGGCUGCCCCUUUACUUCUUAUUGCAUUCCAUGUUCCUCAGGGUAGUUUGGUCUAUUGGGCGACUAACAGCUCACUGACGUUAUUACAGCAAUUAUCCCUUCGAAACCCAUAUAUUCGCAAGAAAUUUGGGUUGCAAGAUAUUAGACGUCCUGUGAAGAAACACAUUUCUUCUGAGAAUGUAUUACCCGAUGAAAACAUUCACUUGGAGAUUCAAGUCCCUAUGGAUAGUCUUCCACCUCAAAAACUACUUGACCUCGCCCUUGAAGAAAUGGCAUCAGGGCAUAAUGACAAAGCUAUUUCAAUGUUGGAAACGGCAAUUGAAAAGGACCCUGAGUUGGUUAGGGCAUUGAUUGCAAUGGGUCAAAUUCUAUGCUCCCAAAGUUCUUUUCUUGCAGCAGCAAAACAUUUUGAAGAUGCAAUCCGAAAGAUCGACAAACAAGAAGAUUCACUUUUAGUCCUGGCAAUUUUUGGUGCUGGAGUUUCACAUCUUUGGCAGGGAAACAAGUCAGUAGGAAUCAAAUACUUGAGAAAAAUAGCAGAACUCAAAGAGCCAGAGGAUCCUAUGGACAAAGCCUGUUACCACAAGGGUCUGGUAAUAUUAGGCAGCACUUUGAUGGGUGAAGGUGAAAAGUCUGAAGCUGUCAAGUAUUUGCGAAUUGCAGCAACUUAUGAUCCCGCUGUUAGCGCUUAUAUCAAAGAGUGCGAAGAGGGAUGAGAUCUCCUGAAGCGAUUGAUUGGUUCUUCCUGAUUGUUCUCUCAAGGUAUUUGAACUUUUAGACAAUCUAGUUCAUGCUAUAGAGGAAGUGGGUGCAACGUCCAGUUAUGUCCACUUCAAUAAUGCUGGAGAAGUUUUGGGGGAAAAAAAGGGGGGUCAAAUUUAUAAUUUGUUAGUAUUUCAUCCAUAUUUAUUUAUCACAAUUCUACGUGAAAUUAGAUCAGUGAAUUUUGUAUUCGGUGCC